UAUCCAUCUCAAUUCUCAAUGUGAAAGAGGCGGGAGAGUCGUCUUCCAGAGAUCAGAAAUCCGCCAUUGUUAUGGACCUAUGGUGAUAGAGAAACAGUAGUUCAUUUCUCAACUCUCAUCAAACAUCAAUGGAUUCCUUGAUUCUUCAACUCCACGACAUUUCCGCUGUCAAAUUUGGUAAUUUCAAGCUCAAAUCCGGCAUCAUUUCCCCAAUCUACAUCGAUCUCCGUCUCAUAGUCUCCUAUCCUACUCUCCUCCGCAAUAUCUCCCAAUCUUUAAUCUCCACAGCCCCUCCUUCCACUUCCUAUGACCUUGUCUGCGGCGUUCCCUACACCGCACUCCCCAUUGCCACAUCCGUCUCCGCCGUCUCCGGCGUUCCCAUGGUCAUGCGCCGAAAAGAGGUCAAGGAUUACGGUACAUCUAAAGCAAUCGAAGGUGCGUUCAAGCAUGACCAGUCUUGCUUGAUAAUCGAAGAUCUCGUUACGAGCGGCACGUCUGUGAUCGAAACGGCGCGGCCGCUUCGAGCGGCGGGAAUGAGGGUUACUGAUGCAGUUGUAAUGAUUGAUCGUGAACAGGGAGGAAGAGAGAAUCUGGCUGAUAACGGGAUUAAGCUUCACGCAAUGGUGACAUUGACGGAACUGGUGAGGAUUCUGAGCGAUGAGGGGAGAGUUUCGAAAGAGAUGCAAAAACUAGUGAUUCAGUUUUUGAAUGAGAAUCGGAAGGUUCCAAUUCCUGCAAUUCCGGCAAGGAGAGUGAGAAUUUCGUAUGGAGAAAGGGCAAAGGUUGCUAAGAAUCCGGUAGGGAAGAAGCUAUUUGAGGUGAUGAUGCAGAAGAAGAGUAAUUUGUGUUUUUCUGCAGAUGUAGCUUCUGCAUCUGAAUUGCUCGACCUAGCUGAUAAGGUUGGUCCUGAAAUCUGCUUGUUGAAGACCCAUGUCGAUAUAUUACCUGAUUUUACACCAGAAUUUGGUCCUAAGCUCCGAAUGAUUGCUGAAAAACAUAAUUUUCUUAUAUUUGAAGACCGGAAAUUUGCUGAUAUUGGGAAUACAAGUGCAAUGCAGUAUGAAAGUGGCAUACACCGAAUAUUGGAUUGGGCAGAUAUUGUAAACGCGCACAUAAUCUCUGGUCCUGGAAUCGUGGAUGGAUUGAAAUUAAAGGGGUUGCCUCAUGGAAGGGGUUUGCUCCUGAUUGCUGAAAUGAGUUCUGCUGGUAAUCUUGCUAGGGAUGAGUAUACAUCUGCGGCUGUUAAAAUUGGGAAAGAACAUUCAGAUUUCGUGGCUGGCUUCAUUUCUGUGAAUCCAGCAUCAUGGCCUGAUGAUGAUGGAAUAGGGAACCCGGAAUUCAUUCAUGCAACUCCUGGAGUUCAGAUGGCGAAAGGUGAAGACAACUUGGGUCAACAAUACAACACUCCUUACUCUGUGAUCUCGGAAAGAGGCAGCGACAUAAUAAUUGUUGGACGGGGAAUCAUAAACGCAGAAAAUCCUGUGGAGGCAGCAAGGGAGUAUAGGGUUCAAGGAUGGGAUGCUUAUUUAGCCAGGUUGAAAUGAAACAACAAUUGUUGUUUUCAUGCUCUUUUCUACACUUUUCAUAUCUUAAUGGGAAUGAAAAUGAAAUGAAUUGAAUGAUGAUGGUAAAAAUCUUAUAUUGGUGAGCUAUUCCUUCAUUUUUUUUCAUUUUGUUUUGAAUAAGUGAGAAUAUUUUUCGAUAUUGGUUUAGAUUCACGAUGUAUUCGGUUAAAAUAGUAAUAUUUUGGUUAAUAA